GGAGAUUUGGUUUUUGUUUUGUUUUUACUCUCAUACAUUCCCAGAGCAUAGAAAAGCAGAAAGACUGAAAGAGCUGCAUGCUGAUGAAAUCACAAAUGCCGGAGCAGUAUUGUCUCUUUUAAGGUUAACACACUGAAUGAAGGGCAUAAAGACUAAAACUGCGGUUCAUACAGCUUAGCACCGAGGCCCCAGUUAGGUAUGUCUCUGCGGGGGGAGGUGUGCGUGGUCACAGGUGCCUGUGGAUUCCUUGGACGGAAGCUGGUCAGGCUGCUGCUGGACGAGGAGACACUGGCAGAGAUCCGUCUGCUGGACAGAUACGAACCGCCCGUCGAGUUUUUACAGGGACUGAAGGACUGCCAAAGGAAAACUGUUGUCAGUGUGUAUGAAGGGGACAUCAGGGACAGUGAGUUCCUGAGAAAAGCCUGCCGCGGAGCAUCCAUGGUCUUCCACGUUGCAUCUGUCAUUGAUACUCAUGGGAAUCUGGAGGACAGUGAGCUUUAUGACAUCAAUGUUAAAGGAACCAAGCUCUUGCUAGAGGCGUGUAUCCAGGAGAACGUGACUUCCUUCAUCUACACCAGCAGCCUUGAGGUGAUGGGGCCCAACUCCAAUGGCGAUCCCAUAAUCAAUGGCAACGAGGAUACAAAGUACAACACGUUCGGGCUGUUCACUUAUGGAAACACUAAAAAAGAGGCUGAGAGGAUAAGCUUGAAGGCCAAUGGUGAGGUGCUGCAGAACGGGGGCCUGCUGGCCACCUGCACCCUAAGACCUAUGUAUAUUUACGGAGAUGGCUGCCGCUUCCUCCUUUACCACAUGACAAGAGGGAUCCAAAAUAAUGAUGUUCUGUACAGAGUCUCAGCCCCUGAAGCCCUUGUGAAUCCGGUGUACAUAGGCAAUGUGGUUCAGGCCCAUCUCCAGGCAGGCCGUGCCCUUAAAGAUCCACUGAAAAGAACCAAUGUUGGUGGGAAGUUUUACUACGUCUGCGAUGACACGCCACAUAUGAGCUAUUCAGAUUUUAACUACGCCAUAAUGUCAUCACUGGGGUUCAGUAUUCAAAAGAAGCUUGCGAUGCCCUACACCCUCCUCUACCUGUACUGCCUCUUCUGGGAGAUGCUGAGAUUUCUGCUCCACCCCUUUAUAAAGAUCCACGUGCCUAUCACCCGAAAGCUUCUUGUCCUGAUGAACACACCAUUCAGCUUCUCCUACCAGAAGGCUCAGAGGGACCUGGGCUAUGCCCCAAGAUACACCUGGGAGGAGGCGCGCACUCACACUAUUGAAUGGCUGGCCACCAAGUUGCCCAAAGAAAGAGAAAAAAUAAGAUCUAAAUAAGAGUUAUAUGAUGUAUGCUCACUCGCAAUAUUCAGGAGUACUAUUAAGUUCUUUUUUUCCCCUGUUACUCUGGCAGCGGUUUUGUGGCAAUCUAUAUUAAACAAAUCUAAAAAAUAACUUUUCUCUUUGAAUGUUUCAUUCAUUGUCUCUAACUGCUUCAUCCAAUUAAGACUUGGGUCCAGAAGCAGGCAGGCAUUUGGUGGAAGGCAGGGAAUGAUGAUUUGGCAGAUUGCUCGCCAAGUCAUCACAGGACCCACUCACAUGAUUACACAAAGUUAAUGUUAAUUUAGAGUUUCCAGUUGACCCAUAGUCAACCUGUACUGCCUCUUCUGGGAGAUGCUGAGAUUUCUGCUCCACCCCUUUAUAAAGAUCCACGUGCCUAUCACCCGAAAGCUUCUUGUCCUGAUGAACACACCAUUCAGCUUCUCCUACCAGAAGGCUCAGAGGGACCUGGGCUAUGCCCCAAGAUACACCUGGGAGGAGGCGCGCACUCACACUAUUGAAUGGCUGGCCAUCAAGUUGCCCAAAGAAAGAGAAAAAAUAAGAUCUAAAUAAGAGUUAUAUGAUGUAUGCUCACUCGCAAUAUUCAGGAGUACUAUUAAGUUCUUUUUUUUCCCUGUUACUCUGGCAGCGGU